AUGGCAGAGCAUGUAGUCGCCCCUAUUGGGAAGAGGCUUAUGGUUCAAGUCAUUGACGAUGUGGCUGAUCGAGAUCCAGAGAGGAAGGUCUGCGCUGUGCCGAAGGGCUCCGAGAUCUCGGAUGGGUUCUUUGACUUGACUUUUCGAGAGCUUGCCCAUGCAGUGAAUUAUAUGUCGUGGUGGAUUGUAGAGGCCUUCGGCCGUAGCUCCACCAUGGAGACCUUGACUUAUCUCGGAGCGAAUGAUAUACGUUAUCUUGUGAUGGUAAUGGCGUGUAACAAGACGGGCUAUAAGGCUCUUCGACCCGACUUGACGACCGUGGAAAUUCCAGCCCCAACAGAGAUUCUCCGGGGCGCUACAAUGCCGUAUCUAUUUUCUAAGUCUUUUGAAGAAGUCAAGGAUGAUGUGGCCUUUAUUGCCCACAGCUCUGGUACAACUGGGAUCCCGAAGCCUAUUCAGCUGACUUUCGGCUACUUUGGUGCUCUGGAUGCUGGCGCCUAUGUUCCUAUCCCUCCAGGACGAUUCUCGGGGGUGCCUGAUCGACUCAGCAAAGAUGACGUUAUCUUGGCCGCGGCGCCAUUCUUUCACCUCAUGGGGUUUUCAUUGCUGAUCAUAUCAGUGUUCCACGGUAUUCGCUGCGUGGUAGCCCCAGAUAAGCCAUUAUCGACUGAGUUUUUGACUUCUAUGCUCAAUGCAACCAAGCCCACGGCGAUACUGCUACCACCUUGCAUCCUAGAAGAUAUGACUCUAUCACAAGCCUCUAUGGAAGCCCUCUGGAACUUGAAAUACGUGUUUUGGGGUGGUUCCUCUCUCUCGCCUGAGGUCGGUCGUAAGAUCAGAGAGCACACCCCGCUGGCGGGUUUCAUGGGAAUGACCGAAGCUGGUUUUAUACUGUCCUUAGCUCCCGAAGACAAGGAAGACUGGGAGUAUUUUGAAUGGUGGCCGACCAAUGGGAUCGAGAUGGAGCUGGUGGAUGACGACCUGAUGUGUACACGCGGCAUCCAACCAAAUCCAACCUGUGGAAGCUGCGCGGACGUCUAG